AUGGAGACGUCCAUCGCGGGGCCGCCGUUGGAUGCGCCUGACGCGAUGGGUCGGGCGGGCGACGUCUCAUCGUCUGGGGCAGCAACAGCCCCGACAACAGCUGCAACCUCGACCUCAACAUCGACCUCGACAGUACCCAUCGACACACAGUCACGCAAGGACAAUGAGGCAAAGCACAAGGGCUUUGCCUGCCUCUUCUGCGGCCGCCUCUUCAACCGCAGCGACUCGCUCAAGCGCCACUGGACAACGUGUGCCGUGCGCCGCCGCCAGGCACUGGAGACACCACAAGUCGUUCCGAAGACGCGCGGCCGCAAACCGCAGGCCUGCGACCGCUGCUGCCGCCUCAAACGCGCCUGCACCUUUACUGACCCGUGCGAGACGUGCGUCCGGAGCAAGCGGCCGUGUGUCUACACCCGGGCGGUACCAACAGCGUCUUCGACGUCGUCAACAGCAAUAGCAGCAGCGGCGGCGGCGGCUGCAGUCCGAAAUCCCGCGUUCAUUGAUACGAUUGUUGUAGGCGCCGAUGCCGCCGAUGCCGUUGCCGUCGGACCGAUGAGCACCACGUCCCCAGCAUCGUCCGGGUCGGCCAGCACCGGGAGUGCCAGUGCCAGUACCGGUACCCGUAGCACCACCGCCGCCGCGGCUACCGGCUCGACCAGCACAACCGGUUUCGCCGGCGAUGCCGACAGCGGGACUCAACAGCCAAUCGACGCGUCUUUGCCGCUGUUUGCGUCUAACGAAUUCGACUGGAUCCUCGACGGCGUGGACAUGGACGGUGUCAAUAUCAGCAAUGUCAACAUCAACAACAUCAACAACAUCAACAACGUCAACAAUGUCAACAACAUCCCAGGCCUGAACAACAUCAACAGUCUUAACAACCUCAAUAUGGACAUGGAUAUGGGACUGCGUGCUCCUAGCGGCGAUCUCAUGGGCGACUUCGCCGCCGGCAUGAACCCUGCUGAUGCUGCAGUCCCGCCAUCCAUCCCCAUGAUGUCCAUGCCGGCCACAACAGCCAUGCCAACGGCCUCCGCUGCAACCAUAAUGCCACCGCAGCAGCCUGGGUACACCCAAUACACGUAUCUGCAACCCGGGGCAAACUACCACCACAUGCAACAGCAGCAGCAGCAACAACAGCAGCAACACGAGCAACACGAGCAACAAUCUUUCCAGCAGCCCUCCGCCCUCAUGCUUCGCCUCAUUCGUCGGCCCACCGAGAUCGACUUGUCUGCCCUGUGCGAGUUCUCCUUCCUCGAGCGCAUCACCCGCACCAGCGGCCUCCUCGACUCAUUUCGUUGCGGCAGCCAGGAACAGCGCCGCACCGUUGCUCAGCUCAGCCAAGAAAAGGUCAUUGUGGGCAUGGGCCGCGUGAGCGCGAGCGGUCUAGGCCACCGGUCCGCGUCCGGCCUCGCGUGGUCCAGCUGGUCGCCUCUUGCUCUGGCUGCGGCACCCAACGACGACGAUGACGACGAUCAUAUGCACCUGCUCGCCAAGACGCACGACAUCGUGUCGCAAAUCCGCGAGGUGACCUUGGCUCGUCAGAGUCUGGCAAAAGCCAACAGGACCAAGAACAAUACAAGUGCAGGAAAUGGAGCGCGAUCCCGGGGCAAAGCCAAGGCCGACGACGGCUGGUCGCCCGCCAUGGAAGCUCUCUGCUACGACUUCUUCCGACCCGCCAACAUCCACAAGUGUCUCGCGCUCUUCUGGUCCUUCUGGUACCCAAAUCAACCGGCCAUCCACGGCCCUUCGUUCACGCCCGCUGCGGCACCAGCCAUGCUGCUUGCCGCCAUGGUCCUGGUGGGUGCUUGCCUGGUUCCCGACGACAGCCCCAGUAACAGCAGCAACCACAACCAUCUCAGCCAGCUGCUCGGCAGCCGUGGUCGGCCGGACCAGACGGCCGUCCCUGGCCUCUGGUUUGAUGCCGUCGAAGAAAUGGUGUUCCGUGAAGACCACGACGAUAUCGAAGAGACGUACGACAACGACCAUGAUGACAACGCCAGCCACCAUUUCGGCGCGGGCGACAAUGGUGCCGAACCCAACAGCCACGAAUGCGAAGACAACGACUGCGACCACGAAGACUGCACCAACACGACGACCAACAUGGUGCUCGCCUGGGAAAACUCGACGCACACCGUCCAGCGCAGUGCCCAGCUGGCCCGCCUGCAGGCUGGGUUCUUGGUGUGCCUCUACCAAACCUGGAACGGCACACCCCGCGCCAAACGCCGCGCCCGCCAAGAUCGCUAUUCAAGUGUCAUCGGUCUCGCGCGCGACAUUGGCUGCUCGUCGGCUACACUGCGCCCCGUCCGCACCGAUUCGCGGGAGGCCUUUGACUGGCCCGAGUACAUUUUGCGCGAGUCCCUGAUCCGGACCGUCUCGUACAUCUUCGACCUCGACGCGGCCUACGCACUGUUUUACAGGCAUCCGCCGCGCAUGGUCCUGCCCGAGUUGCAGGUCGACCUGGCCUCGCCCGAGUCCUGCUUCCGUGCCGAGACGGCCGACGCCUGCUUUGCCGAGCUCGCCGCAUGGCGUGCCGCCAACGCUGCCAUUGCAGGCAGCGAAAAGGGCAAUGCACCCAUUACGAUCGCCUCCGCAGUGCAGACUCUGUGCCACGGCGCCAUCUCGAGGGAGAUUGAGCAGGCCUUUGCCACCCUCAGCGUGCUCAACAUGUUUACCAUUGUCUCGGCCCUCUACGCCAUGACGUUCCGCGUGGAAACGUCCCUGCUCUACACGGCCGGCCCCAGCGGCGAGGCCGCCCUCAUUCAGACGGGGCUGCGCAACUGGAUCCGUCUGUGGCCCUCGGCGUACCGCGACCAAGAGCUCUACGAGAUGCACGCCACGGCGGCUACCAUGGCCGCGGCGUCGACGUCCCUGGAUACGGCGAGUGGCUGGCCGCUGGCCGUCGGCUUCAUACGGCACGCGCCCGAGUACUGCCUCGUGGCGUUUGUCAUUCUCGCCCGCAUCCGCGGCGGCGCCAACGACGACGGCGGCGCCAACGGUACUACCUCUGGUAAUGGCAAUGGCAAUGGUCGCCAUACGACGGCCACCGCCGCCACGCUGGCGCCCGAUCCGCCCGUGGUCGCACCCAUCUCCAACACAGUCAGCAACGCCGUCCGCAGCAGCGGUGUCCCGAACGUCAACAGUGCCGGGUCGGACAUGGCGCUGCUCAAUGCGCUGGUGACGGAGUUCCGGUGCCGCAAGGCGAGCUCGUACUGUUCGCGGAUGCUGCGGCAGUUCUGUCCGCCCGACAUGGGUCCAGAACGGAGCGGAAUUGCCAUGUAG